AUGCUCAACCACCGAAGGUUUGAUCCAAACGCAGCAAAACGUCUCGGAGAUAUGAUAUUCCGUGAGGAGGGCCUCAGCUCAACGUCGCGACUUCUCCCGAGGUCUUGGCGUGAUUCUGCCAUUUUGGACGCGUCCAAAAUGGCCAAAGCGACGACGUUCGACCACGACCGCCGACAACGACUGGAUGUCCUCCACCAUAUCUCCGUAUCUCCAAAUAUGGUUGAAGUCCUGAGCUUCUGUGCUCUUCCUGCACGUCCACCAACUCCUCCCCGAUCAUCCUCCUUCAAUUUGGCAGCGCCAAAGUCCGACAUCCAGCAGCUACCCGGCAAUCAAGCUCUCCUUUCGACUCCAGACGACCGUUCCUCGCCAUUGGAUCUACCACCCCAUCCUCAGUCCAGCUCUCAGUCAAAAAGGGUCAAUUUCUCUCCUUUGACCAGCUAUAUCAAACCUCCGUCCUUCACAAACCCGAACAAUCCUAAGACGAGAACGCCCCUUAGAGCCCUUCUACCCUCGAAUCAAUAUAAACCAUCCAAAUCGAUCCUCAAAACUUCCUGCUCCUCCCCAGCCUCCUCCCCGCCUGAUGAGCAGCUCACCAAUCCAUCCGAGAAUCUACCUGCCAUGCUAGAAUCAAUCACCAACCAGCUCGCAGGCGAGUCUCAUGCAUCAAGAGCUGAUGCAUACCAACAUCUUCUGGGCGCCCUGACCGCUUAUGAAAACAUUCCAGAUGAAGAUGCAUUGGCAGAGAAGGUUGAGUUUUUUUCACAGUGUAUUUGGAGGGAUAUAUGUGAAGUAUCGGGGACCUACCAACCCCUCGAUGUCAAACUCGUACGCCAGGCUUUGAACUUGUUCGCCAUGUUCAUAUAUAAACCAAAGCUUUCGUCGCGAGUUUCCGAAGAUCUAAAAGUUACCAUCAUUGAUCAUAUCAUUUCCUCUCUCCAGAAUCCGAAUUUACCAAAGGUUGUUGUUAUCGAGUAUAUGCGUGUUCUAUCCGUACAAAGCUUUUCGCCAAAAGUUAUAACGGCAAAUCGAGUGACACUCUUAUUGACUGUGCUCAGAGAUAUUACAGACCGUGUGGAAGGCAAAGCGGUGGUUGCCCAGCGCCUGGCUAUUUACGAAAGGCUCUUGUUCUUACAGCAGUCAGCAAUGGCAGCCCAUGCCGAGCUGUGGAUCGAUCAACUGGUGACGGCCCUUCUUCAUAAUUUCAAGGAAGUACGAACAAGAGCAAUCAGGUUUGGCAAGCUAGCUGCGGUGGUUUUGGGACCAAAUUUUACUGUUUCUUUUGUGUUAAAAGACGUCCUCGGCUAUACUUUAUCAGACUCCUCUCAUUUGAUUACAGAGGUCUGCGGUCGGCUGACGGAGAUGAUCUCAGACCCCGAGGCUGGUCCGCACGUUCCGCAAAUUUGGAGUGUUAUUAUCCUCUUGCUGCGAAGCAGGCGAUGGUCGAUAGGCAGCUGGUCUCACUUAAAGGAGUGGUUGCUAGUGAUACAGAAAUGUUUCAACUGCAGUGAUCCAGCCACAAAAUCACAAGCUCUGAUGGCAUGGGAUUUGUUUGUUUACGCUUUACCACCUAGUGAGACGACAGGUAAAGAUAUCACUAAAAUAUUAUUUCGACCAAUUCUCUCUCAACUUGAGCGAAAGAAGACCGACAAACAGGGGAUUCUACUUAACCAAGCGUUUGCCAGUUACCAUAAGCUCCUUUAUUAUGCCUUUCGACCUUCGGCGUCUCAUAGCCGCCUGGACUCACUCUGGACCAUAUAUAUCAAAACCCCAUUUUCGGGACAUCUGAAUUCGGAGCCAACAAAUAACAAGCGACUAUGUCAGAUAUUGUCUUCACUACUCUGGAAUCAACAGCCAAAGAUUUGGGAGGAAGAUAAAGUUAAGAUUAACAAAGCGACGACUCUUAAACCCGAAGAUCUACCAAGACUGGACUGUAAAUGGGUUCGAUCCCGGCUUUCAAUAAUUCUCCCUGUUUUCGAAUCGCUUUUCAAGACGUCAGUUUGGAGUGACAAUGAACUACAGGAGUCAGGCAUUGGGCUAGCUUGGAUAAAUCUUUCAAAGGCUCUGGCCGACGCUUCCAAUAAGGAGAUUACACCCUCUCCGGAAUCUAUGCAAGCAGUUGCUAGUAUCCUGGGCACAUUGCAACGGAUCUGGAAAGCGGCGCCGUCGUCAUUAAAUGCAGAAGGGAUCGAGCAAAACGAUGCUUUUUACAGUCGAUUUCACUUUCUUGUGAAAACAAUUAUUUCAUUUGUUGGGCUAAAUCCAUUUACAGAUAAGUUGCUUUUGAAAACGUCACAAGAGACUUUUCAAACUGCUAACACACCUACGCACCAUCGACGGAAGUUAGAUACUAAUGUCAGAUCUCCCAUGCUUCACUUGCUUCACAUAAUUACGACUUCACCACCACCAUUACCGACCUCUGGCCAGACGUAUUUCCAACUAAUUCACGGUAUAAUUGCAAUGAGUGUACAAGAACGAACAUCAAGGAAUGCUAAACUAGAAACAUUCCGCCAAUUCGCAGAUCUAUGUUUAGAACCGUGGGGGAAUGCUUCGGAUACAGAUAAACAAACCCUGCCAACCCGCCAAUACGUAUGGCAAAGUGUAGCGAAACUGGCUAGGGAAUGUCUAACUGCUUUCCCAGUUGAAAUGGAGCUGAAGAAUCGUUAUGAUUCGGCGCCGAACGAUUAUGAAAAAGUGAUUGCUAUCCUCACCGCGGGAUCUGGCUUCGAUCUGGCUUCUUUGGAAUGGUCUCAACUGCUUGAUUCAUUUAGUUCUGUCGUUCAGACUGAAAGGGGUGAAAAUGCCCUUCCUUCCAUUCUUGAAACCCUUUCAGGGGCAGUUCGUUCCCAGCCGUUACCCUCCGCUACCGGCUGUUGUUCAGCUCUCCUCGAUCUUGCCAAAUUCUCUUCAAACCAAGAGCAAUCCCCGUCUCCGUUUCAUCCUCCAAUUGCAAAAUCGACGACGUUCCAAUACCGCCACCCUCAAUUUCAUUCAUGGAACAAUUUAAUAGACGCGGCUGGGAGGCUGCUAAAGGAACUUUAUCAACACCUAACGGAGAUCGACUCUGGGCACGCAGUAAGAUUCUUGGACUCUAUGACCCAGUUUCUUGGCCGAUGCCCAUCGUCAUUUGGUCCAAUUUUGCUGAGCAAGGCUCAAGAUUCUUUGGUCUUAUGGAUUACUGACCGCGAUGGUCUGCUCAUUACUAGACCGGAAGUGGAUGACGUAGUAAUUGCUGCAGCUCGAUCAUUGAUACGUUCGAUUACCGCGCUUCUCCAAAAAUCAGCUGAUUCCGACGAUAAACUAUUACAAACGCUAGCGACUCUUAUUUCGUCUGGUUUGGAAUCGAGACAUAAAUCUACAGUUAACAGUUUCAUUAAGCUGUGGAAUAACUCGUUUGGUUCGAAAGAAAUUUUGGAAUAUCCCGAAAAUGUGGAAACGGUCCUGAGGAGAUUGCAGCCAUUUGUGCAACUUCUGUUACCAAACUUUCCGCCAUCGGUCGGCCACACAGUUGAUCCUGAGUCUCCUGAAUUUUUAAGUUCCCAGGAAGAGGUGACAAGAUCUGAAACCCCAAUUAAACUCCUUGAGCGACCCAAUAAAAUUUUCAAAGUUUCGUCUGUUUCCCCUGCACCAACCAUCACGCCGGCAGGCGUAAAUAGAGCCCGUCGAAGAAAACGAAGUACUUCCUCAAUAUCCAAAAUUACAACACCUAAACCUCGACUUCGUCACGAUGACUCUCAGAUCCAAUUUGUCCCUGUCGAGUCCUCACCUGCAAAUGACGUCGCUGGGGAGUCACAAGUGCUGACAGAACAUCAGCAAGAGGUCAGAGACAGGCAAAGAGGAGAAGCUGCAAAGUUAUAUCCAGUUUUCCGUUCACCUGCCUCCCAGCCUGGGCAAGUUGCAGAUCUGGCAAAGUUUGGAGAUUUGGAGACCGCAGAUAAUAGCCCGCCAACCCCUAUGCUUGAUAUUGCAAUGGCUGCUAAUGAUGAAGAAUUCCUGGGUUCUUCACCAACUCCAACUUCCAAAAACUCAGUCGCUCAACCUGAUCAAAUGAUUGGAUCAUCUCUAGCAUAUUCUUUCGACACAACCAAUCUUCAUUCUGAGGGUCCUCCCUCAUCCCCCCCUCAAAUCCAGUCUGAAGAUAACCUGCCCGUUGAAGCGUCUGAGGUUAAAAGAAUUUCCGAGCUUAAAGACGAGGAUACCACAUUGAAUGGAGACGUGUUUUCACCACCAGGGAGUUCACCAACACCCACCAGGGGUGAUACUGGCUGUCGCAGAGGUGUUCUUGGCUCAAGGAAAAAGUCAGAACAGAAGACUAUAGAAUCCAUCAGCAUCACAACUCCGGAAACUCUUGAAAAGACCCCAAAAUCAGAAUAUCUUACGAAUGUACAAUCAGAUAUGCUGGGCAUAGCACCGCCUGAACGCAGCGGUGGCCUUGAGAAGCAGCCCGUCCACUCGAGACGAAGCUCCCGCAUUCCAAAUGUUGAGUGCGAUAGGAUUGACAUUAUUCCAGACUCGUUCAGUGAUGAUCUUGAGAGACAAAUAGCGUCCCAACUCGAACAGGUCCUAGAGUUGACGAUGGAUAUGGAAGUGGGGAAUCAAGGAAUACAGGGACUUGAUGCUUCAAUCGUGACGAGGUCGAUGAAACGAAAACGGGGCAACGAAGUAUCAUCCCAACACGAUCGCGCUAAACGGGUGUCUCCAAGUAAUAGAAGCCUCUCUGCGGCUGACGAUAUAAUCCCUUCAAAAAGUAUCAACACUCAUCCGGAAAGUAGUCCUGUUGAACAUCGUGCUUCGCAACCGGAUCGGCCAAACCGAUCACGGCGAAAGAUGACUUCAAUGCUAGCUUCUACAGAAGCUAUCCACCACCCACCAGACACCGGAAGAACCUCUAUUUCUUCCAGUCAGCGCAAAACCAAGAAACGAAGCAAACGACUCCCCAAUUAUCACCCGGUCUCGAAAUGGAACAAAGCCCCACAGCAGCUGUGA